AUGAAUGCUAUCUUUGAUGGCGAGAAAUGGACGCUAGAAAAUUCCGAGGAAUACGCGCCUCAGCUCUUGCAAAAAUACUUACCCUUACGCGUCUUGGUUGUGAAUGGCCCUCUUGCUAGCCACUCUCAGUGUCCUCCUGGCGGUCGCGUGGUGAGGUCGUCGGGUGUCGGUGCUGCUGUGCCGGUGCAAGUGUUUGGUGUGCGGCACGCAUGGCCUCUAAUCGUUAACAGAUGGCCUACUGAAACAUUAUUGUCCAGCCUCUGUCAUGACGGCCGCGAAGAUAAAGAAGUUGAAGGUUCGAAGGAACAACGUCUACUAUUCCAACACUACCAACACCACCACCCCGGCGACAACCUCCCUUCCAGCCUCCGAAACUUCAAAUCUAAAACGCCGAAUUCUGACAGCGAAAUUUCAUGGAGCGACGACGUCUCGGCAAGCGAGCGAAUUUCCCUGGCGGAAGAAGGGCAAACUCUGGUCAUCAAAUACGUGCAGGAGGACGACCAAGCUGAGUACAGAUGCACUGUACACUUCAAAAUAUCUCCUGCAGUCACCCUGAGAAUGCAGCUCACUGUUGUAGAGAGGAUAUUGGACGUGCGAGUGCAGGACGUGAGCGGGGGGCCCGUGGGGGGCAGCGUGGGGCCGUUCUCAGAGGGCCACCGCCUGCUGCUCACCUGCAGUGCACACUUCGCUGGGCGACUGAAGAGCCUCGAGUGGCUGCUGGAGGGCUACCCUCUUCCCUCUUCAUGGAGAUCCCCCGAUGAGGGCACCGCCGUCACCCACUUGGACUUGACCCUCAAUUCAUCCCACGACCACAGCGACCUCGUGUGUCGCCUCACCACCACGGAUAUUAAUCCAUAUUAUCCACCUACCCCACCAUUUGUUGAUGCCGGCGAGGCUCUUCAUCCUAUACCCCAAGAUACUGAGAAUAAUAAGGAAAAUUCUCUUGCUGAUACCAUUAAAAAAUCAGAAAGUACGCUGUCAACUCCCGCGCAAAGUAAUGUUCAUCCUGCAAGUCCUCGAACAAAAAUGGACGGAGCUGACGAUGUUGCGAGCAGUUUUCUUAUGACCAACUUUCCAUCACAGGAAGUUGUGCCUCAUUCUUCUCAACUCAAUGGCCUUGCCUCAAGGAUCAGUCGAGAGCUUCAACAUCUUAGAAUUAUGGAAAAGAAUUACACAACUUCGGAUAAUUUGUACACCGCAACAAAUUCACCUCUAGAUCACCGGACAUGUUAUCAUAAUUUUUCAACUGGAAGCAGAGGCUCAGUGGGAAACAAUACACUAACGACCCGACGGAAGUUACGGGACCAAAGGAAUACUGUUGAAGAACCGGCGACAAGUUCCAAAGUUUUGCAUGCAAUGACCGGCCGACGUCACAGGAAGAAUUUGAUCGCGAGAGAAGCAGAUUCGCUUGCAAUGGAAUCGCAUUUUGCGGAGGUGCAUAAACCGUCCGACGAGGUUCCAGUGAUGCAGGCGACUCCAGUGAUGCCAGAGAUUCCAGUGAUUCAAGGGGAUCCAGUGAUGCAAUUUGGCCAUGCAGGUUACACGAGAGAGGAUCUUAAAGAAGAUAAUCGCGAUGUUUCCAGCACGUUUGAGCCACACGAGUUCUUGGCUCGGCAUAUCGGCCGCGGCGAAGACCUAAAGCAGCUGAAGCAUCUCACCAAGAACGUCCAACUCAGGAACAGUGACGCCAACGUUCCGCAGUGGCGGGAGACAACCGUCACCGAUGUGUCCAUCCUCAUCCUCAUGUAUUCGGUCCCGAAGGCGCGCCUGAGCGUGCUGGACACAGGCUCGCAGGGCCACACCAUCACGCACGCUGGUGGUGCGAGUGUGAUGGUGAAGGAGGGUGGUGAAAUUGUCUUCAAGUGUGCUGCUCGGAGCCGACCUCCGCCAUACAACAUCACAUUCUUGAUCAAUGGCAAAGUGUCAGGGAACACCCGCGGCGCUCGGGACACUCUGCGCCUGAGCUCCGUGACGAGGCGGGACGCUGGCCUCUACACCUGCCUGGCGUCCAACACCGAGGGGGACGGUCACUCCAACGCCAUCAUGCUGCGCGUUACUUGUGAGUCUUACUUCAUCCAUAUGGCUCAGUCACUCCAACGCCAUCAUGCUGCGCGUUACUUGUGA